AUGUCUCUGGUCGUGGUCUCAGUGUAUAACACAGGUCGGCUUCUUCGACUUCCAACUUUGAGCAUCUUCCCCGAAUUUUCACCUCUUUCUGCUCUCAUGAAUUCAUCGAAUCUCAGUUCUUCCAGCAAACCGGCCUUCUCUUCCUUCUCACAAUCCAGCAGAAGCGGCGGUAGAGGAAGAGGAAACGAGAGAGAUAAUGAUCGUCGGAGGCCUCAGGGUCGUGGCGGCGGCGGUGGUGGCAGAGGAGGAGGAGGAGGCAAUGAUAGAAUCGAUGCUCUUGGAAGACUCUUGACGAGAAUCUUGAGACACAUGGCUACUGAGAUGAGAUUGGACAUGAGAGGUGAUGGUUUUGUUAAAGUUGAAGACUUGCUUAACCUGAAUCUUAAAACGUCUGCAAACGUUCAGUUGAAGUCUCAUACCGUUGAUGAAAUUAGAGAGGCAGUGAGAAGGGACAAUAAGCAACGUUUUAGCCUCGUUGAAGAGGAUGGAGAGCUCUUGAUCCGCGCUAACCAAGGCCACUCCAUCACGGUAAGAAAAGACUCUUGA